AUGGCACAACGAGCCUACCGGCAACGUAAGGACUCCGCCCUCGACGAAAUGAAGCGAAAGCUUAUGAUUCUCGAGAAGAGAUAUGAAGAUCUGUGCAAUGACUAUACAACUUUAUCCGGCCUUGUCCUAGAGAAUGAAGCGUUGCGAAACUCAUCGGAAAUCGUACAACAUAUAAAAAACGCUACUGUUAACAUUCUCCGGAAUCCCCGUGAUUUCGAAGAGGAACUGGAUAACAAUCAUGUGGACUUGACUGAGAGAGAAAGCACCAACAAAGGACCUCCUCUAUUAGAUGAUGCAUAUCAUAAUUCUGAGGUCGUUCCCUCCCCUUGCAACGUGAAUCUUAUCGACCUAUCAGCUUCACAUUCCGAGGCUUUCGACUCACAGGCAGCUCUGGCAAAUAAAUCUACUGCCGGGCUUGGAAAUUCCCAGGUUUACAACUCAUCGAUACCUCAUUUCGUGGCAUCAGAGGUUCACGCACCACUAGACUACUCGCCCGAUCUAUACACUGAAUAUAUUAUGGACUCAGCUUCCCAGAACUCGGGCCUGCACAGUGCUCAAACUCAACAAUAUUCAUUUAAUCUCCAAUAUCCCAGUCUAACAUUUACUUCCGAGCUCCCGCUACCCAAAUCAUUCGCUGGUCAAGAACGCACCUUUGGACGUAGACUGCAUAGGGCUUCUCAAGAAACAGGGUUUUUGCUUGCAACUAUGACAAAUCCGCCUCCAGAUUGGUACCUAAGAGUGUUCGGGUUCUGCUUACACUACGAGACGAGGGAGGAAAUUUGCCGCCGGAUGGGUGAUACCAUCAGAAAAUCCAGAGACACAACUCUGAACAACUGGAGGCAUCCCUUCAUUAACCUCGGUGGAGCUGGCCUGUUUUAUCCAGAAAUAAAAUCUGCGUGGCAAUCAACCGGAGUUUCAAUGGGACCCUUCUCUGCAUCUGUAGAGGAAACGCGAGAUUUACGAGUGAGUGCGGAGUUUCGGAUGCUUGAUCCUGGUUUCCAGGGUGACUUCUUUGAUACAGACGAGGUGGAGAUCUGCCUGCGCAACUAUGGUGUCACCAUCCCUGCCAGUAAAGACGUUGUCACUACUUUUGUCGAUAUGUCGGUAUUCGGAGAGGAGACCAGCACAGUGCCGGCCCAGCAUAGUGCCCAGGGGUUCUAUGGUAUGCCUGAUACCAUACCAGUUCCUCCCGUGGGCCCUACUCAAAUGGGCCAAGCUUCCUACACAAUAGGACCCGACGAACUGAAUAACCCCCCAUACCAUGGUGACUUCACUGGCGUGGCCCACGGAACAGCAGAUUCUUGCCCAGAAUCUUCCACAUUUGGUGGGGAACACCCGGCACGAUCGAAAGUUCAAAAAGUUGAAGUCGAUAUUGACGUAGAGUGCCUCAUUACUGAUUCUUGA